AUGUCCGGGGGCUUCGAGCUGCAGCCGCAGGACGGCGGCCCCCGGGUGGCCCUGGCGCCCGGGGAGACGGUCAUCGGCCGCGGGCCGCUGCUGGGAAUAACAGAUAAGAGAGUGUCCAGAAGACAUGCCAUUCUUGAAGUGGUGGGUGCUAAGCUUCGAAUCAAACCGCUACACACAAAUCCAUGUUUUUAUCAGUCUUCUGAGAAGAGCCAGUUCUUACCAUUGAAGACAAAUACGUGGUGCUGGUUGAAUCCUGGAGAUCGUUUUUCCUUCUUAGUUGACAAAUACAUUUUCUGUGUCUUGUCUACACAUUCUGAAAUGGAAAUGGAGUGUACUUUAAGAAAUAGUCAAAUUCUUGAUGAAGAUGAUAUAUUGAAUGAAACACCAAAAUCUUCCUCAGUUGAUUUGCCCGAUAAAAAACCCAGUGCCCCACAACUGGGAAGAAGCAUAGAAACAGCAAAGACCCAGACCACUGCAAAUAAUGUGUCUUUCAUAGGUGAAAGUAGAGACUCAAGUCAGCAACAGCCAAAUCCUUCCCAGAGGAAAAGAAUCCUCCCAGCAUGGAUGUUGACAGAAAAUUCAAGUGAUCAGAACCUUUCAGUCAUCAGUGAAGAUAAUAAUGUAACCCGAGAAAGUGAAAAAGAAAGAGUCUGCAAAGAAAAAACCCAAGUAAACAUAACACAGCAAGGAAAAAAGCGAUUAAUUUCAUCAGGAAGUUCAGAAAGUACAUCAGCAGAGCAAGACACAGGAAAAAAGUGCAAAAAUGAUGAUCAGGAAGAGUCUAUCAUUUCAUCCAAGGAAAUGCCACAUUCAUUUUCUGCAGCCACGUUACAUAACACAGAGGUAAAUAACACUAAUACUAAUCCACAGAGAAGCAAAAUCCCAGUAGAGGCACUUGGCAAGGUUUCUGAACAUAAAAUCAUCACUGAGGGAAGUUCAAAUAGAGACAGCAUGGCAAGAAGUUGUUCUGAGAGUUGUUCCAGUACCCAGAGCAAGUCUUUCUGUGAUGAGCCUCAAAAAUCCCAUCCUGAAUCCAGCUCUAAUCCGCCCAGUCCUGAAUGUGUGCAGAAGGCAACCGAUUCAGUUUCACAUGGUUCUGAAGAAAACAAGGUCCAGAGAACGUCCUGCAUGUAUGGGGCAAACUGCUACAGGAAAAAUCCUGUCCAUUUUCAACAUUUCAGUCACCCUGGUGAUAGUGAUUAUGGAGGUGUAAACAUCACGUGUCAAAAUGAAGCUGAUGACUGGCCUGAAUGUCCCUAUGGAGCAUCUUGUUAUAGGAAGAAUCCCCAGCACAAGAUAGAAUAUAGACACAGUACAUUUCCAGUGAGAAGCAUUUCAGAUGAAGAUGACAGUGUUGGGCAACCCAAUGAGUACAACCUGAAUGACAGCUUUAUAGAUGAUGAGGAAGAAGGAUACGAGCCAACAGACGAAGAUUCCGACUGGGAACCAGAAAAGGAAGACCUAGAGAAGGAAGAUAUGGAAGGGCUUUUGAAAGAAGCAAAAAAGUUUAUGAAAAGAAAAAAGUGA